AUGGCGCCACCAACGGGACAAAAUACGACCACGCCACAACACCGACCAGCACAGCGCGGCACGUUUAUGCAGCAUCAGCUACAUUCCCUGGAGGGCGCAGGGGCGGUUGGCCAAGAAGAAGCACGAUUCAUGGACGAAGAAUAUGUUAUGCAUGAACUCAGGUCCUCUAGCGGUGGAGAGGAGUGGCACGAGGAGUUGUCGGUGGAUGGCAGCGUUCCCAUACGCUUUAAGUUGGACUCCGGUGCCACCUGCAACGUCCUUCCAUUGGAAUCGUACAAGCGUGUACACAAGUCUAGUACAGUGCUGACCCCUGGACCACGAAUAAGUAAUUAUGGCGCGAGAGGAGGUUAUCUUAAUGUUCUGGGUGUGCUGACGAGUGCAAUCGUCCGUCGUGGAGUGGCAUACACCGUAAAGUUCGUAGUCGUCGACGAACCCGGACAACCGCCGAUCUUGGGCCUACCGACGUGCCAGCACAUGCAGCUCAUCCAGAGAGUUCACUCCAUAACGCAAGACCAGCUGAAAGACGUACCACCGAUUGUGUCAGAGUUCAAAGACAUUUUCACUGGGAUCGGCAAACUCCCCGUUGAACACGACAUUCGCUUGACGACUGGUGCGAAUUACGUCGACCCGGUAGUGUGUGCCGCCAGCCGGUUGCCAUUCCGGUUGGAGGAGAAAGUGUUUAAAAAACUAGACCAAAUGGUGAAAGACGACAUAAUAGUUCCGGUAGUAGAGCCAACGGAGUGGGUGAGCAGGAUGCUGGUAGUGGGCAAACCAGAUGGAGACGUUAGGAUCUGCCUAGACCCGUCGGAGCUCAACAAAGCAAUUCUACGUCAACAUUUUUCCGUCCCGACAAUCGAACAGCUGUUCGGAAAAAUUGGAAAGGCAAAAUACUUUUGCAGCCUGGAUGCCGCCUCUGGUUUUUACCAAAUUCCGCUCUCGGAUCGUGCGUCGUAUUUAUGCACCAUGGCCACUCCCAAAGGUCGCUACAGGUAUCUUCGUCUACCCUUUGGAAUUAAGUCGGCCCCGGAAGUAUACCUACAAGUGAUGUCCGACCUGUUCGGCGACCUCCAGGGGGUGAUCGUCUAUUUCGACGACUUCCUAGUGACUGGAGAAACGAUUGAAGAGUUGGACGCGAACUUACGGCAGGUAUUUGUGAGAUGCCGGGAAAACAAUCUUAAAUUGCAGCUUAAAAAGUGUCGAUUCUUCCUUAACCAGUUGCCGUGGUUGGGACACAUAAUCGGACAAGGCACGCUCAGCCCAGACCCGGAAAAAGUGGAGGCAAUUGUCAAUAUGCCUGAUCCUACCGACAAAACCAGUCUAACUCGCCUGUUGGGAAUGGUGACUUACCUUGACAAAUUCUGUAAAAAUCUUGCAGCACUAACACGGCCUCUUCGCGACAUGUUAAAGAAGGAUGUGGCCUGGUUCUGGGACAGUCAACAACGGAAAGCCCUGUUUGAGCUCAGAAACGCAAUGUCGUCCCUGCCAACUCUUCGCCUGUUUGACGUCAACCGCCCCGUCGUCGUCUCCGUUGACGCGUCGCCAAUAGGGAUAGGAGCAGUUUUAAUGCAAGAAGGACAGCCGGUGGCGUUCUCGUCCACGACGCUAACGGUCACCCAGAAGAGAUAUUGCCAAAUCGAAAAGGAAUUGUUGGCCGUCCAAUUCGGCCUUACCCGUUUUCGACAGUACGUGUACGGUCAGUGUGUGACUGUAGAGUCCGAUCACAAGCCACUAGUCGGCUUAUUAGACAAGCCCAUAGCGUCGUGUUCUCCCAGAAUUCAACGAAUGAGGUUGCAGCUGCAACGAUUUGAUUUUCAGUUGGUGUACAAACCGGGUAAAGAACUUUUUAUUGCCGACACCCUCAGCCGAGCACCAUCCCCCCGUGUGUAUAGUGACGACGUCACCACCGAGUGCGAGGAACAAGUACACCAUGUCAUCAACAGUGUAGCGCCAAUGGAAUCAACCCGUCAGAGAUACGCGAGAGCCACUUCAGAAGACCCUACACUCCAACUGUUGCAAUCAGUCAUGCUGGCGGGUUGGCCAGAGCAUAGAAGCCAGUUUCCUGCAGCGAUCAAGCCGUUUUGGCCGGUUCGAAGUGACUUGGUGGUAGUCGACGGCGUUGUUCUGUUGGGGUCCAGACUGGUGGUACCAGUAGCCCUAAGACGCGAAGCGAUGGAUGGCGUCCACGAUGGCCACUUCGGAGAGACAAAAAGUGUGCUGCGGGCCAAGUCUUCUGUCUAUUGGCCGGGCUGGGAGGACCACAUCCGAAAUGUGGUAGCCAGUUGUCCCGUUUGUCAGGAAAACAGACCAAAAAAUCCCAGACUGCCCCUGUUUCCGGUCCGGAUUCCGGAAUACGCGUUUCAGUUGGUCUCGGCGGACCUUUUUGAGUUCAAUAACGUGAACUACAUCUUGGUCGUCGAUUCAUACAGCAAGUGGCCGUGCGUGGUGCCGUUGCGGUCAAUCUCGUCGUCAGCCGUCAUCAACGAAAUGACACGUUUCUUCUGUGAUUUUGGACGCCCAGAAAUACUAGAGUCCGACAACGGAACCCAGUUUGCCUCUGCCGAGUUUCGUGAGUUCUGUCGCAAUUUGGGUGUCGCGCAAGUGACGUCGAGUCCCGAGUUUGCUCAAUCGAACGGGCUGGUGGAACGCCACGUCCACACCGUGAAGAAAACAAUCUUGAAAAUGUUCGAGGAAGGCAAAUCGUUGUGGGACGCGCUGACGAAACUUUCGAGGAAAUCUCCCGUUUUUGCCGUCGGAAUUGACACCCCGGCUCGUGCCUGCGUCAGUAGUGACGUCUGA